AUGGAAUUAAAAGAUCAGCAACAGAAAGAGAUGGAGAAAGAAAAGAUGAUUAUGAGAGAAAGGGAGGAAGCAGGAAGAAGAAAGGAGGGGCAGAAAAAUAUUUUGGGGGAAAUUGAGGGACAGAAUGAACUGGAGAUAGAACAGGAGAGAGAGAUGGAAGAAAAGCAGGAAGUGAUUAAGGAAGCAGAGGAAGAGUACAGGGAAAGAGAAGAGAGAGGAAAGGAAGUAAGCAUGAAGAAACAUGUAGUAGUUAAUGUUAAAGCAAAAGCACGGGAAGUCUUCAAUAGGCGUAAAGAGAGGAGGUUAGAAGUGUUGAAGGGGGAACGAGAACACAUAGAAAGAGGACAACAAAUCAGGAGGGAGAAGGAGGAAAGACGGCUGGAGAUGGAAAGAAAACAGGAGAGGGCAAGACAACAAGAGGAGCAGGAUCAAAAACGAGAGAUUGAAAUUGCUAGACAGAAAGAAAUGUUGAGACUAAGAGAGGAGGAGAGGCAGAGAGAGGAGGAGAGAGAGGAGCAGAGAAAGAAAGCCAUUAAAUGCCAUUUAUCUUUAAUCAGAGAGAGAGAAAAUAUAAUACAGGCAAAAAAAAGAGAGGAGAUGGUGGAAGAGGAAAGAAGGGAGAUCCUUGAGUACAAGAGGGGUGAGUUAGAGGAGGAGGAGAAGGAAGAUGACAAGGAGGACAUUCUCCCACCUGAUAAAAGUAUCAGAAGGAGAGCUGUGGGCUGGGUGAAUAAAACAUGGGAGAAGAGGAACCUCAGAAAGAUAGAGAGAACGUAUCAGAGAGAGGCUGAGGAGGGCCAUAAUAUCGUCCACAUAGCCAUCCCUGGACACACAAGGCUAACAUCCACCAUGACCCGGGCAGAGAGAGAGAGGGAGAAGAGGAAGGAGCUGCUGAAGGCUGAGGAGAGAAGGAAGAAGAUGGAGGAUUUCAAUAAGCAGUGGAGAGAGCGGUCCCUGCUUAAAAAACACACUCAUCAACAACUGAAGGAGGAGAGGGAGAGGAUGAAGGAAAACUACCUGGAGCAGAUGAAUCUGGAGGCUGAUGCUCAAAUCAACACCCGGUGUCUAACCACCCAACACAGCCACGAUUACAACCACGGUCAGGAGUUGCCCGGGUGGGCCAAUGGCCAACAAGUAAGCCAAGUAAGCCAAGAGCCCACUGGAUCUGCUGAUGGCCACCAGGAAAGGCCAAGGAGGCAACAGGCAUGGGCAGACAACCAGGAGGGGAGUUCAGAGAACCAGCAGGAGGGGCCAGAGAACCAUCAGGGGGGGCCAGACAGCCAGCAGCUAGAAGCUCCAGAAGAGGCUGAAACAUCAGAGCCAAUCUCCAACACAAAGACAAAGAAAAAGCCAAGCAUCUGGAAGAAAAUUAGGAUGAGCCUUCCUGACGUGCUGUCUGCCUAGAGCUGGAACUCGAUGAAGCCACAGUUCCACUGAGGUUACGUUGGUAAUUAAAAGUGUCGCCCAAUAAUUCCUCCUCCUCUUUAAGUCAUCAAGCCACAUUUCCUCCUCAAAACAUUAUAGUCUCCUCAAGCCAGCAAGUAUCCUCUUUAUCAGGCAACAAACCAUCGAAGGUCAGUGACCCUCCUCCCCAGAGCAGAGACUCUCAUCUUUAUCCUAGUUAAAUUCAUCUCUGAUCACCACCUCUACAGUCCUAGAAAAUAUCCCAAAAAUGGAAAUGGUUUCAACAGAAGUCCUCCCCUUAGACCAGUGGCUCCACAUCCACAGACCAGAGUUUCUCAUCUUUAUUCUAGUUGAAUGCAACUCUGAUCAUUUCCACCACCUCUCCUGUUAAGGGGAGGUGCUGAAAAGGAGGUCUGGGAGGAGGUCUGCAGGUAGCCUGGACCGGACCGGUAGCAGCUAAGUUGCUGGCUCCAUCCCCGGGCAGAGCUGCUCAAGUCAGGCCAGUGAUGUUUGAUGAUGUCAUUUUUGUUUGCAAUGUUUUACUCUUUAAUAAAAUCAUUUUU